AUGUUACUAGUGACUAGUGAGAGAAGGGAACGGUCCUCACUUUCUUCCCGAUCUCUUAGUUACGGUUUGCGAGGGAAGGAGGAAAGACUAAUGGCUAAUAGAGUAGAUAAUGAGUACGAUUAUUUAUUCAAGAUCGUGUUGAUAGGGGACUCGGGUGUCGGAAAAUCCAAUAUUCUGUCGAGGUUUACGAGGAACGAAUUCUGUUUGGAGUCCAAAUCAACAAUUGGAGUUGAGUUUGCUACUAGAACUCUUCAGGUUGAUGGAAAGACAGUGAAGGCACAAAUUUGGGACACAGCAGGGCAAGAAAGGUACAGAGCGAUAACCAGCGCAUACUACAGAGGUGCAGUUGGGGCUCUUCUGGUGUACGACAUAACCAAGAGCCAAACCUUCGAUAACAUUCAAAGAUGGUUGCGUGAGUUAAGAGACCACGCAGACUCCAACAUUGUGAUCAUGAUGGCCGGAAACAAGUCUGAUCUGAAUCAUCUCAGAGCAGUGGCUGAACAAGAUGGCCAAUCUCUCGCUGAAAAAGAAGGGCUUUCAUUUCUUGAAACAUCAGCACUUGAAGCACAUAAUGUUGAGAAAGCAUUUCAAACUGUUUUGACAGAUAUAUAUCAUAUCGUUAGCAAGAAAGCAUUAGCAGCUCAAGAAGCAUCAGGUCCUACUCCUUUACCUGGUCAAGGAACCACCAUUAAUGUCGCUGAUUCAUCUGGGAAUAAUACAAAGAGAGGUUGCUGUUCAACUUGAAUUGAAACAUAUUUGAUGAGGUAAUAAAGCAUGAAAUCCUUUCAACACCGCCCCACGCACGCUGGGGCCUCUUGCUCUCGUCAACAUUACAAUAAAGAAGAAAAUAACAUAUUACAAUGUAACCCUCAUAGUUUGUGAGC